AUGGGUCUCAGUCCGCAAAUCACUAACCUGGUCAUCAUCCUUGGGAUGAUGCAGGUGUCGAAGCGUAUUCCGUUUGAUGAUCCCAAUGUUCUCAACGCUUGCCGCGCACUCUACGUUGCCAGCAACCUGCUCAUCGCGAUCCUGUAUCUUUACACCCAGGCGCAGAUCAAUAAGAAGAAGGAUAUGACGACCCUGAAGUAUGUCGAGCCGGCCCCCAUGGGCUCCACCGAGGAGGGCAAGCUGGUCACUACCACCAUCCAUGCCUACGACUCUCAGCAGAUUAAGGCCUCUUUCCGAUCGCAGAUGAUGGGUGUCGCUAUGAUGGGAUUCAUGCAUCUGUACAUGAAAUACACCAACCCCCUACUGAUCCAGUCCAUCAUCCCCUUCAAGAGCGCUCUCGAGAGCAACCUGAUCAAGAUCCACGUCUUUGGCCAUCCCGCGUCUGGCGACCUCAAGCGGCCCUUCAAGCAGGCUGCUGGGUUCAUGAGUGGUCUUCAAGGUAGUGCCGCACAAAGCGACAAGAAGGCUGUCGAGGCUGCCGAGAGGUCCGGCCGCGGUGGUGUUAAGGACGAGUAG